UGAAUGGUAUUUAGGUCUUUGAUCUAAAAAACCAUGGAAAGUGAAAACGUGUCCAAAACUUGUUUUUUUCAUAUUUGAUUUCACCAAUUUUAAUUUAAUAAUUAAAAAGGCUAUAUCCGACAUGAAAAUUGUAUAUAUAUUGCGGAAACUGGAAGAAGAGAAGAAACCAAUACAAAGAUAAAACUCAUAGCAAACUGUGGGGGAAAAAAGAGAGACAAACCGACGACAAAGGGUUUACUAUACUAUAUUGAUUUUGUCAUAAAUCAUUAUCCUCAAAUGGCCAACAAAGCUAGCUUCCAUCUACUCAUGAUCUUCUGCUUAACUCUAUCUCAGUUUUUUUUCUUCUUCCCUACCAAUGCUUCGAGAUAUGGGAGUUUGAUGGAGAGGCCUGAUCAAAUUUUCCUACCUCAACAAGAUACAAUACUGGACGUGAAAAAGGACGUGGAGGAAAGGGUGACGAUGGAGUUAAAUGAUUAUCCAGGCUCCGGUGCCAACAACCGGCACUUGCCACGUGGAAGAGGAUGCAUCGAUUGCUGAUAAAAUUUAAAGAAGAAUUAAAACGUGAUACAAAAAAAAAACGAUUAACGUCGGAAAUCUUGACGGGAAAAACUUAAUUAUAAUCGAUAAAUUUAUGUAGCUUACGUCUGAAUUACUGUUUACUGACUAUUAAUUCAGUUAGUUAACAUCGAGGUACAUACGUGGCCAGUUUAAUACUAUCGGAGGCCCUUGGACAAAAAAAUACAUUCUGAGGCCCUAUAUCUAAUUAGUUUUAAAUAUUAUGUUUCUAAAAGUUUUUAACUCGAGUAUUUAACAUUUAGACCCAAAAAAAAAAAGAAAAGAAGCUCGAGUAUCGCAUCAAAUAUUUAUGCUGGAUUUCUUAGCUAGAAAAUUUUGUAAUUUUGUGCUUUUAAUGCUGUCUAUAUCUAAGCCAAUCAUGUUAAUGGAAAUAAUCAAGACAUCCAA